GGUAAGCCCCAAAGCCUCUCCCAGUUGGCACCGCCAGUUGUGCUCCGAACGCCAAGGUGUGAACAAGCGUCACGGACCGUCACCUCAGCGGUUUCUUCUGAGUGCAGAUUCAUUCACUGGAAAGUCUGCUCCGUUUGUGUCUACGGCAAAAGACGCCACCAUGCUGAACAUCCCGGGUUUGGCGGGAAUCAUCGUCUUCUACUUAGCCAUUCUGGGCAUCGGGGUCUAUGCUGCGUGGAAGCGGCGAGAUAAGGGGGCCAAUUCGGACGAGGUGAUGCUGGCCGGCAGAUCCCUCGGCUCGUUCGUCGGCGUGCUGACCAUGACGGCCACGUGGGUCGGCGGAGGCUACAUCAACGGCGCGGCAGAGAAGGUGUUCGACAUGGGCCUCAUUUGGUGCCAGGCCCCCUUUGGCUACGCGAUCUCCCUGUCCCUCGGUGGAGCCUUCUUUGCUUCCCAUAUGAGAAAGGCUGGAUAUGUUACCAUGUUAGACCCCCUCCAAAAUGCCUUCGGAAGACGCAUGGGCGGUCUGCUGUACUUCCCCGCCUUGAUGGGAGAAACGUUCUGGUCCGCAGCCAUUCUCUCGGCUCUUGGAUCGACAUUAUCUGUCAUCCUGGAUAUUGGUAAUACUGUCUCCAUCAUUGUCAGCGCUGCCAUCGCUGUCGCAUACACGCUGUUCGGAGGCCUCUAUUCGGUGGCCUACACGGACGUCGUUCAGCUCUUCUGCAUUUUCAUGGGUUUGUGGCUGACAGUGCCCUUCGCCAUGACCAACGAGGCCGUGGGUUCCCUGGCCCUCAACGAGACCAACUGGCUGGGCUCCAUCGAGGCCACGUCGCCCGAGUGGGGCCUCUGGAUCGACUACUGGCUCCUCCUCAUCUGCGGAGGCAUUCCCUGGCAGGUGUACUUCCAACGUGUGCUUUCCGCUAAGUCACCCAAACAAGCCAAGAUCCUUUCCUACGCCGCCUCUUUUGGCUGUAUUUUGAGCGCCGUCCCCGCGUGCCUCAUCGGUGCUAUUGCUAAGGCUACAGACUGGAGUCUGACGGACUUCGAGCGCACCCCAAAAGACUAUGAAAAGAAACUGGUUCUUCCUUUGGUCAUGCAACACUUGACACCUUCUUGGGUUGCUUUCUUAGGCUUGGGUGCUGUGAGUGCAGCUGUAAUGUCUUCAGCCGACUCCUCCGUACUCUCUGCCUCUUCGAUGUUUGCGCGAAAUAUCUACAAGAAUGUAUUCCGGCAGCAGGCUACCGAACGUGAGGUGAUCUGGGUGAUGAGAAUAGCCAUUGUUGUUGUUGCUAUCAGUGCCUCCACGAUUGGAAUUCUUAUCAACAGUAUCUACUACCUGUUCAAGUUGUGUGGUGACCUGGUGUACGUGAUCCUGUUUCCUCAGCUGUUGUUGGUCGUUCACUUCAGGGAGUAUGUCAACACGUACGGGUCCUUCGUGGGUUUCUGUAUGGGCUUCCUCGUGCGUCUGCUUGGAGGAGAGCCAUAUAUCGGGGUUCCUGCUGUCAUCCAUUACCCGUUCUAUGACGAGGAGCGCGGCCAGCAGAACUUCCCCUUCAGGACAGUGGCCAUGCUGGUGUCGCUCACUAGCCUCAUCGUAAUUUCUGCCAUAGCCAAGCUGCUCUUCACGAAGGGAAUCAUACCAGAAAGGUACGACUUCUGCCAUUGCUUCACCGACGCUCCUUCUGAUAAAGGUGAAGACAAGCAAGAACUUAGCCAAGACGACACUCUCCAUGUAGCUUCCCUGAAGAAAGAGCAGUCCUCACUCCAGGCAGCAGAGGGAAAGCUGUACAUGCCAUCCGCUUCUGUUGAGGACGGCCAUGUAAAUAAGAUGUGAAAAUUGACAUUCAGUAACUGAAAUAUGCAUGAUCAAGUUUCUUCUUGUCUUUUAUGACAUAUCAUGCAAUUCAGUAUUAUAGCUGUGUAAGAGUCAGUGCAUCUUACCAGUCGUGCUGAUUGUAAACACAAGAUUGUAAAAGCAUAACCUGGCAUAGAAGUAUCCAGAUGUAAAAGAUUGUACGCCCUCCUGCUGUUUGCGAGUAUCAGAUGACCAACAAGCACACUUCGUCAAUCGCAGCAUCUGCUUCCAGAGGGUAUUUAGAAUGUAUUUAAAGAUUUAUAUAUUUUAAAUGUGUACUUAUUUUUAUCUGACAAGAAUGUCUAUACAAUACUUUUCCCUUUGAAAAGCCAUAUUAUGUCAGGUUUUGAAACUAUUUAAAUCAGUCACUCUUAGGGUGAGCAAUCAAAGUAUUGAGAGUUCAAAUAGUUCAAGGAAAGUCCACUGUAGUACUUUCUUUUUAUUUUUAAAAUACCAAUAAUAUGGCAUAUUACUGCUAGAGUUAUACAACAUGAUUGUUCAUGAUGCAUCUGAACACAAGGGAUCAAGUCUGUAAUGAUGCAUAAUCAGCAGUGUGUGUGUCCAGCUUGUAUAUAUGAAUUUUGUUACUUACAUUUGAGUUGUUAGAGGAAGGUUAUGGUUGUGUAUUGUGAGCAAAGAUUACCUUUUUACAGCAGCAAUAUAUACUGCAUAUAUACUAGGGAAGGGAGAGAACUGGAAUUACAGACAAUUGGUUCGAAUUCAAGAUUUUUCGGCAAAUAAAUGAGACGGUUUCGUAUGUCUUCAAAAUUUAUAUUCAAAUGACCAAAGCUAAUAGUAGAUAUUGAAAUGGGAUGAUUUUCUUGUAUAUUUAUUACAUGAAUGUGAGUGGGUUUCUUACACAUAACCUAAGAUGUAUAUGUUUUUAUAACCUGUUAGCAUACGUUUCAUUUCUCACAUCUGCAAAGUGUGAGAAACAUUUCUUGCCAUUAGUUUAUCAUAGUAUGAAAGGUAGAGAGAUACAUGCACAUUUAUGGUAGUAAUCAUGAUAUCACUUAGUUUAGGUUCAUGAUAUCAUACUUUGUUGCCAAUGACAUUAUGCAUGUUAAUGAAAAUAAUUAAUGUACUUUUGGAUGAUAAGCAAUGCUUUUAGUAUGGGUAUGUAAUGAAGCAAUAAUAAUUAUGGGAAGGUUUGUU